AUGAUGAGCCAAAUCAGCCGUGACACAAAUGAACAGACGCCUUUACAAGCUCGCCUCAACAAGCUAACUUCAUCAAUUGGUAAAGUUGGUUUGGUUGUUGCUUUUCUAGUGCUCAUUGUCUUGUUAGUUAGAUACUUCACAGGAAAUACACAGGAUGAGAAUGGAAAUCAGGAGUAUAAUGGCAGCAAGACCAAAGUUGAUGACAUAUUAAACGCGGUCGUUGAGAUCGUAGCAGCUGCAGUUACAAUUGUUGUGGUGGCAAUUCCCGAAGGCUUGCCUCUAGCUGUGACUCUGACUCUUGCUUAUUCCAUGAAGAGAAUGAUGGUUGAUAAAGCAAUGGUGAGGAAGCUCUCUGCUUGUGAGACCAUGGGCUCUGCUACCGUCAUUUGUACUGACAAGACAGGCACUCUCACCAUGAAUGAAAUGAAGGUGACUAAGUUUUGGUUGGGUGAAGAACCUGUGGCAGAGGAAGCUUUUUCAUCUAUAUCUCCAUAUGUUCUUAAUUUGAUCCAAGAA